AAAGAAAUGCGCCGUGAUAAGAUUAAGCGCUUAAGCCGAAAAUAAAUGGAGAGACCUAUUUAAUUUUCCUUUUACGAUUGACCAAUUUAAUAAUCUUGCGUAUCGGAAAAGUGGUAUGUUCGAUCCGUGUUUUCAUUAAAUUUUAAUGCCUAGCAAUAAAGCCAGCCGAGUAUAUGAAGUCUUUGCAGGCUCUGAGAAUUCAGUCUGUCAGCACUGUUUUCGUGGUAAACAUGUCGAGCUUCGGAAAAUUUGCUAAAGUUUACCUAGCUCUCAGCUUAGUUGUGCUGGUGCAAUGUCAAGAUUCCAAAGCGAAAUCGAUACCCCAGUUGCUGCGUAACAUUCUGCAAACGUUGCAAAAGGUUGAAAAGAGGCUGAACUCACCUCUGGAAAUCGUUCCCUAUUUGAGAGGAGCCUUGCCAAGUGCCAGCGAUGACAAUCAGAGACGUCAAAUGACUGUACCGGAAAAGGUACCACAGCCGGAGCCACAGCCGCAGCCUAGAGACUUGCCCACUUCUGAUCCCAAUUGGAUGAAGGAACAUCCCACCUGGGACUUUUCCCGAGCGUUGCCCAGACCUGGUAAAAAGUCCAAGGUCAAUCCACAAGACAACAUUCCACCUCAGGAUGACCAGGUGUCUAUCGUUGCGGUUGAAGAUAGGGAACUUCCGCAGCAACAAAAGGUGGAGGAACAGGUUAAAGAGAGAGGCGUCGUGUCCCAAGAGACCGACGACGUACUGACGCAGAAUCAGAAGACUGGAAUCAUGAGCCGGAAGCUGAAGAAAUCGUCCAACCCCCCUACCGAACCAGAGGACGACGAGGACUACGAGGAAGAGGAACAACCCAAACGACGCUACCUUCAGAAACAGAGACGGGGUCAGGGUCGGAAUGGUCGUCAGACCAACUAUCUCAAUUGAUUAUAUAGAUAAUCACUUGCAUCACACUCGUUGAUCUGUACAUUUUUGUUACACAAUAAAGCCUUUGCUUCGGGAAGACAAAUUCAAA